CGCCUCGUGAGCUGGUCGGAUGAGCAGCUCUGCGAUUGAAUACCUCGGUGUGUGUUUAUGGGCGAUGGCACGGGGGGCCAGCCAGUAGCAUGCAAGAGGGCUUCCCUUGCACACCGGGGAAUCCGUCACCAGCAGGAGCAGAGAGAGCGAGCUGAGCGGAGCGCAGAUCGGAGCGCCUGCUUGCCUGCUUGCCCCGUCGGAGAGUACAGUUCGCCGAAUAGCUUGCCGCCCGAAAAACGAGUCUCGGUUGGAAUAAAGCAUCACACAGAGAGAGAGAAAGAAAAUAAAACCCGGGAGUGUGGUGUUUCGGUGUCUUCAUUAAAUCGCUCGUUGUUUUGUUUGCUUUUAAGCGGGUGUUUGUGUUUGUGUGCGUGCGCGGGGCCUUCAACUAUCCUCGGUUCUGGUCCUCGGCUCGCGGGAUAAUUCGAUAACCGCUCUAAUAACAGUGGAUGAUCUUUCACUCUCUCUUCUCUCCUCCCCUCCCCCUUCCUCCCUCUCCCUCACUCACUCUCUAUUUCCUUCCACACACACACGCACCCCCAUACCCCCACCACUGGUGCUUUCCCUCUACCCCCUCCCUCCCUCCAUCCCUCCCUUCCCCCCCUCUCACUGUUUCCUAUUCAAGAGGUCAGUUACACUACGUUAAUUUGCGAGACCUCAAUGCGCGUCCAAGUGCCUCGUUGAAGUGCAGUGAAGUGAAGAAGAUCAGUGAAGUGUAGGUCGACGCCCAGGCUCCGCAGUGAAGUGACGGGGCGGCGUUAAAAGGCGACAUACAUACCCGAUCGCUUUUGUGAAGGACUGCAACAACAUAUAUAUAUAUAUAUAUAUAUAUAUACACACACGUUUUUGUUGCGAUAUCUUAAAAAUUCGCUCUUGUGUUUUAUGUGAAGUGAAAUCUCUCGCGCCAUCUCUAGAAUCGAAUCUUGUGAAAUCCCACCGCGUUGUAUGCACAUCGAUCUGAAAGAGAAAGAGAAAGAGAGAGAGAGAGAAAGAAAGAAAUAGAAGAAAUAAGGAUAGAAAAAGAAAAAGAUCCUCGUGUUUGGCGCCGGUGCUUAUUAAACCCAAACCACAGAAGAAACGAAGACGAACAAAGAAAGAAAUAAAAAGGACAAAACGAAGAUACGUUAGAAAAACCCAGAAACGAAGAGACGAAAAGAAGACAAACAACAUAAACAACAACAGAACAGAAACUCAAAGGAACGGAAGGGCACAAGAACCCCUCCCACCCCCACCCUCCACCCCCUACCACCUUGAUCGCUCUGUCGCCUCCCCCCUCCCCCCCUUCAGACCCGUCGCCAUGCUUCCCUCGCCGAUGAGAGCCCUUCGUCGGGAGCCCAAAGACAGGUCUCCCGACGAACUCCACUUGGCUGUGCUCACCGGCAGGACCAAGAGGAUCAAACAUCUGCUCAGGAAAGGCGUGCACAUCGAGAGCGUCAACUCCCACGGCCAGACGCCGCUCUUCUGCGCCUCCUUCGGCGGCGACAACGAGGUGGUGGCUCUGCUCCUGAAGCUCGGCGCCAACCCCAACCGCCGCUGCGGCACCAACGGCUCCACGCCCGUGCACGGCGCCGCCUACAGGGGCUCCAGGAGGGUCCUCAGGCUGCUCGUGGAGGCCGGCGGGGACCUCUCCCUCGAGGACAACUUGGAACAGACGCCGAGGGAUUAUGCCCUGAAGCAGCCGUCGCCCAUUAGAAGACAGAAGAUCCUCCACUUCCUAGACCUCCUGCUGGCCAUGACGCUGCACCGGUCCCUGGCGAGGACGGCCACCACGCAGGGCACGCUCCCCCAUGGCACUCUUCCCCAUGGCACUCUCCCGCAUGGCACUCUCAAGUCCACGAAGUCUACGCUGUCGCUCGCCAACAGGCGUGAGGGCAGCCUAGCGAGCGUGUGGGGCGCCUGCGUGGCCGAGGUGGGCGAGCAGUCUCCGCGCGCGCCGCCGUACGUGGGCGCGUCUCCUACCAAUCUGCAUAAGACCGUGUCCUGCCACCUCCUGGACCAGAUGUACGUGUCGACGUCGCUGCCUCUCCUGUCGCCGGCUGACCUCAAGCGCCCCGAAGUCACCGGCGUCGCUUACACGUGCGGCGGGCCCACCGUGUACUCCCCCUACACGUGGCUCGGGACCAACGUGACCGUGCGCCGCCCCACGCCGGCCCUGGCACUCCCGAAGGAGAAUGUGCCCAAAGGCGAAGACAAGAACACCCCAGACCAGGGCGCCUGCAAGUCCCUAGUGCAGGAACUGUCAAUCCUUCGGCGCCUCCGUCACCCUGCCUUCCUGGAAGUGAUGGCGGUCUGUCACGUGUCACUGCCACAGCCGGAGCACAUCACCCUCGUCUUCCAGAAUGUCCCCCACGGCUCGCUCUACCACCAUCUGCACGUACAGCACCGAGACCUGAACGUGGGCGGCGCCGUGGACAUCCUCGUAGGCUUAGUGGAGGCCAUGCUGUUCCUCCACGCCCACGGCUGGCUCCACACGGCCGUCUCGUCGCACGCCCUCCACCUCGUGUCCACCAGCCACGCCAAGCUCGGGGCCUUCGAGUUCGCCCUUGAGAUGCAGGGGAAGGGUUGCAGCAUGAAGGCGCCCCAGCUGCUCCGCGCGACGUGGCUCCACCCGUGGCAGGCUCCCGAGACACUGAGCGAGCAGAUGGUCUCGGACCGCUCCGAAAUCUACGCCUUUUCCGCCAUCAUGUGGGAAAUCUGGUCCGGCAUGCCACCUUGGUCGGGCGUGGAGGAGGCCGAGGUGGUGAGACGGGUGGGCGGGGGAGAGACCCUGCCCCCCGUAAGCGGUUCCCCCCCUUCCCUCGUCACUUACCUUACUCAGUAUGGACUCAAGUGGAACUCGCACGAGAGGGAGCUCGACCUUCAGGAAAUCCACACCAUGCUGAGGUCCCUGAGGAUUCAGUCGAAUGAAGAGGACAGAGUGCCACUUAUUCCAGCCUGGGGUCCUCCUUCCAUCCCCAACACGCCUGUCAUUGGCAGGCAUUCGUCUCAAAAUUCCGCACAAAAUUCUCCCAGUUCGGACUCGGGCCAGAGUGUCCAGAGCGGUACAGAUGAGCCAAGCCAUAACAAGAGUAGCUCAGGGUCUGCUGCGGGUCAGGAGGGGAUGUCUCCCGACCACCUAGCUAGGAGCACAGGGAAGUACCCCUUGAGAAAGGAAUCCAGCUCUGCCACGCGUAUGUUAGUCACAGGCGAAGUGCACCACGAGAAGCCCUCCUACCUGAAACGCACGUGUCAAGAACCAACAGUAUUAAGGAAAACGUCCGAGGGGCUUCAGAAAUCGGUUAAUGUACCUAGGGAAGAUAAGGUUGAUGGAGCUGGGUCGAAAGCCAUGCAGAGUUUGACGGACAAGGCGAGAGGGAAGACCAUGAGUAUAGACAGUGGAUUCUCGACGCCUUGUACAAGAACGCCCAGUCCUGUUAUUGACACCAUGACAAGUGCCAAAAUAAACCCAUCAUUCUUGACAUCCACCCCGUCCAGGCCCCCAACCACUUCAGUCUUACGUGCAGAUCUCCAGCCUGAUCUUCUGCCAAAUAAAGUAAACAUCAAGGCUUUGACAAACGGCCAGACUCCAGACAUCCUUUCACGGGGUCAUCUGGACUGCAGCAAAGGAGGCUGCAGGAACAGGGAUGAGUAUGGAGGAGACAGACACGCCGCGUCCUUCCACCCUGCCAUGUCUCCCAUCACUCCCGUGACGGACUCUGACCACGACCACUCCCGGACGAGUUCUCCGUCGGACGAGGACCAAGCCUCGGGUUACAGUUACAUCUCAAAUGCGGCCAAGAGAGCCUUCCUGAUGGAGAACGACGCCGGGGAGGACGGGGCCUUUCUGGCUCCUGAGCGCCCUGCCAGUGCUUCCAAACUAGAGCACAAUCAGCUGCAAACUCAGGCGUCCCAUGCGCUUCGAAGGAAGGAGGUCGUCCGGCGCGGGCUGAGCAUGACCAACAUCAACUCCGCGCCCCUCUCCACCAACACCAGCGUCACAAGAACCACUUCACAUAUUUCUCUCUCCAGUGCAUCAUCCAGUGGCAGUAGUGAUAUCUGUGGACGUCGGCCAGUCAGAACUGUUAGUCAGAUCACUCUUACGCUUAGAAAGUUGUCACAGGUCUCAGACUCCUCCUCCAGUAAGGAUGACAUGAAUGAUCCUCACCUUGAGCAGCAGACGCGAGCUCGGAGAUCCCGCUCUGUCCCCAAGAGUCCAGCCCAUUCUGCAAGGAGCAGCAAAAGAGAGGGAAGCCGAGGAUGGGACGAGAUCACCGGUAUCAAACCAGCCAGCCACCAGCUAACACGUCAUUCGUCAUCAUGUUCGCUGGCUAGUGGUCCCUCAAGUCCCACACACCAGAUCAACAGUUCCUCGCACUCACUGCAACCUCCCUCAUCGAGUGCAGGCAACAGGCCCUCCUCGAAUCACAGCUCGCUCCCUCGAUCUUCAACAAAUCCCAGUGCUAAGCAACCAGCCAUUGGACGGAGAUGGAGCAGCAUCAGUGGGACUUCAGCAGGGCUAGCAGAAACAGCGGUCAAGAUUCAACCACGACGCCAUUCCGAGGGCCAGAGAUCGCGUCCUCGUAAGAGCAGACGGCGUCCUGAAGUUGAGGUUGAGGAGGAGUUCUUUGAUGACGAGUUCAAUGCACUGUUAUUCCAGCAGCCACACAUGCAGCUUUCAGUAGGAUCGUCAGAGAACCUACUGGAUAGCCGGGCACCACAUUCCAUGCUUGCGGACGGGUCAGCAUCUCCAGUCAGUCUCGGCUUGAGUAGCUUCUCUCCAAGUCUUACAAGUAGCGAAGACGAGGAAGAAGGGGCGAACCAGAAGGAAAAUUCUCUCGGAGUGAGCGGCAGGUUAAGGAGGAGGUUGGGUGCGGUGGCGGAGGACGGCCAUUCGGACGAGGAGGAGGAGGAGGAGGGCGCGGGGCGACUUGGCACUUGCCGGAGCGACGUCGACGGCGGGAAGGCCAGCGAGGGGCAAGAAGGUGCCAGCGACACCGACGAUGCCCUGAACGGCCCCUGGAGAGCCAAGGACUUCGGCAAGGAUUACGAGCCCCUGAAGAGCGUCGAACUCCUGAGGAACCUCGAGAAGAAUCUUAGUACAUACCUACCCACGUAUUCCAUUGGGAGCGACACGGAGACCGGGGAGCCGUGAGGGUCUCUGCAGGCCACUGUACCUCGUCUGAAUCCCAGUUGAAAAAAAGUGGUGCAUUUACUUUCGCAUUUGGCUAGAAUGCAUACAUAUCAUGUCGAAGGACAGGUUGUGUUAUAGUAAUGCCAUCAUCUGGUAUUUUAUCUGGUUCUUGCAUAAUGUAUAUAUCACAUCAUGAGGUCACACUCCAUUUUAUGUCCAUAUCUCUCAUGUUAAAUCUGCAUCAUCUUUAACUCUUAGGAUUGCUUUAAAAGGAGAACGAGUGAAGCGAAGCAUCUGCAGAGUAAAUAACUAAUUGCUUUGUUAGAGGCAAUGCUUUAGGGCAUAAGACGUAAGUCACUGUGAAGAGCUUUAUGCAGGUAAUGUGAUGAUACAUUGUACUUUUGUCUCUUUACUGCUUUGCUUCCCUACAUCCGCUGGAAGGACGUGUUGAAUCUAUACAGGGGAAAAAAAUCUCUUCGUUUGUAGCACCGGGGAAGGUUAGGUCCUUUUUUUUCCUUCAGAAUCCAGUCAUUACUCAUAUAGUUUGAGUUCAUGUUUUUUAUUUAAAUAUUUUUCUCUUCAUCUCGGUUUUGUGAUUUUCAUUGUUUUUUUUUUUAUACGUAUAGAUGCUCUUUCAUUGUACUUGGCAGAUGUGCUGUGUGCAGUAGAUAGUCUUCUCUACCAAAGAUAAAAGUAGGGUUUUUGGGAUUAUAAGGUGUAAAUUCUACGACCUUAUUAUUGCUUUUUUUCGUUAGUCCGACUCGCCAGUGAACAGAAACCAUCACGAACGCCAUUGCAAUUUGGGUGAAGUCUAUUGUUACCUGUUGUUACCAUGUUCGUGAUGGAAGUUUUUUUUGUUGUUGUUGUUGUAAUUCUUUAAUUGAUUAAAAAAAAAGAAAUGUUUUUUGUGUAGGAUAAUUUUUUUUUUCCUCGAUAAUUAUUGUAGAAUUUCUAUGAUCUUAUCUUUCCAAAUGCUGCCCGACAAACUGCUGAUUAUUGGGAACUUUAAUAAAAUGAUCAGGAUGAA